UAACUAAUAUGUCUGAUAUUGAAUUCACCUCUCAAGAGAACACUCUCGAACUGCCUAAAUUUGAAGAAUGCCUUCCUGAUUUUAAACUUGAACCUCGCAAAGAACUUAAGUAUGAAAUUAAACAUGAACCGAAAUCUUCAUUUGGUCAAUCAUCCAAAGAUCUUAUUGAAUAAUAUAAAAGUAAAUUCAAUGCCUUUAAAUAAUUGGCUGAAGAAUAACCUUUAACUAUGGAACCAUCUGUUAUUGAAAAAUCAGAAAAAUCUGAUAUUUGGAGAAGUGAUGCUGAAAUUCUCAAAUCUCCUAAAGAAUGGGAUUGGAAUAUUUUAGGAUCCAAAAAGGCUUCAAACACAAAUAAUCAAAUUUAAUUUGAUACUCGUGUACCAGAUCCAAUAGCUUGUGAAUAAGAACACAAAGCUUAAAUUGCUUAACAUAGAUAAAUGAUAUUAGGUGUAUUAGAUCAAAGAAUUGAAUCUAAUUCUAAAUUGCCAUCAACUCAUUAACCUUAAAAACCAGUAGCUGUUGAAUAAAAUUCCAAUUAUUAAAAUAUAUUGGAAAAAUUCAGAAGUGCUUCAUCAUUAGAUGAUCUAACAUCCUUCUUUAAUACUGUUUAAUAAAGAAAAGUCGUAGAAUAAGCUGCUCCUCAAUAAUAAUAAUAAUAAGAUGAUGUGUUUUCUAAUAUUGAUAUAAGAAGAAAUAAGAAAGCUGAAACCUAUAAAACACCUAAUAAAUCAUAGGAAGAGAUGUUUGAAUAUGGUUCAGGGAAUAGAACUACUUCAUUUUUCUAAAAAAAGGCUUCAGCAUAAAAACCUCUACUUUAAAGUCCCAAUUUAGGUAAUCAAUUCAAUUAUAGAUCUGAUUAAUCAGUGACAUCUAAAGUUACUUAAAAUAUGAACUUUUAGGUGGAUGUAAAAGAUCACAGUAAAACUAAUAAGAGAAAAGAGGAACUUCAAAGUUUCAUGGGUAAAUUAGGAUUAGGUAAAUAUGAUACUCCAAAAGUGGUGAUAAAUUUGGAGAGUAAUAUUUAGAGUAGUAGUAGUAGUAAGAUAUUUAUAUAUAUAUUUAAAAGAUUCCACAAUAGAUAGAAUGAGAUAAUAUGUAAAUGGAACCCCAAUGAGUGCAAGAAAGAGUGGAGGAGGAGGAGGAUUAAGUGAUUUAAUAAAUGAACGCUCUUUAAAUACGACAACAUUUAAAUAGUAAAUAAAAUCAUAUCACAAAUCUGGAUCCAAACCAGAUUGUUAAGGUAGAUUGAGUGCUGAUAACCAAAAUUUAGCAGAUUAAUCCCUUAAAAAUUUACAUCUAAAAUUGGUUCAUUAACAGAAAAAUGGAAUAGGAAAUUCUGGAUUAAAAUUUGCCAGAUGUUGAUUUAUAUACUUUAUAUAACGAAUUAUAG